UGCUCCGGUGUCUCUUUCUCCGCCACUCCGCUUUUCUCCUCCGCCACUCCGCCUUUCUUCUUCCCCAUAUCUCCCACCCCCGCCGCCACUGCCAUGGCUCUAUCCACCGCGACCAACCCGACCGUCGCCGCAACCACUCCUUCAUCCGCCUCUCCCAUUACCAGCCUCUUCUCCUCCCGCCUCACCCCUACAAUUUAUCGCCGCCGUUUCCGCCAGAACUCCACCGUCGUCUCGGUCUCCACCUCCUCCAAUUGCAGCGCCGUCGCGCCCGGAUGGUCCGUCGAGAGCUGGAGAUCCAAACCGGCCGUCCAGAUCCCGGACUACCCCAACAACGAGGAGCUCGAUUCGGUUCUCCAGACCCUCAGCUCGUUCCCGCCAAUUGUGUUCGCCGGGGAGGCACGGAAGCUCGAGGAAGGUCUCGCUAGCGCCGCCGUUGGAAAGGCGUUCCUCUUGCAAGGUGGGGACUGUGCGGAGAGCUUCAAUGAUUAUAAUGCCAACAUCAUUAGGGAUACUUUCCGUGUUAUUCUCCAGAUGGGCAUCGUUCUCACUUUUGGCGCUCAAAUGCCCAUCAUCAAGGUUGGGAGAAUGGCUGGGCAGUUUGCUAAACCUAGGUCGGAUUCAUUUGAGACCAAGGAUGGGGUGAAGCUGCCAAGUUACAGAGGAGAUAACAUCAAUGGCGAUGCCUUUGAUGAAAAAUCUAGAGUUCCUGAUCCGCAAAGGCUUAUCAGAGCUUACCUUCAGUCCGUUGGCACUUUGAAUCUGCUCAGAGCUUUUGCCACCGGUGGAUAUGCUGCUAUGCAGAGAGUUUCACAAUGGAAUCUCGACUUUGUGCAGCACAGUGAGCAAGGAGACAGGUACAUGGAACUAGCUAGUAGGGUGGAUGAUGCAAUCGGGUUCAUGACUGCAGCUGGCCUUACCAUUGAUCACCCAAUCAUGAACACAACCGAGUUUUGGACAUCGCAUGAGUGCCUUCAUCUGCCGUACGAGCAGGCCAUGACAAGGGAAGACUCGACGACGGGUCUCUUCUAUGACUGCUCUGCUCACAUGCUCUGGGUAGGGGAGAGGACUAGACAGUUGGGUGGAGCUCAUGUCGAGUUUCUCCGGGGUGUCUCAAACCCUCUUGGCAUUAAGGUUAGCGAUAAGAUGGAUCCACAGGAGCUUGUGAAACUGUGUGAAAUUCUUAAUCCUCACAAUAAACCUGGAAGGCUGACGAUUAUCACCAGAAUGGGAGCAGACAACAUGCGAAUCAAACUACCCCAUCUAAUCAGAGCCGUCAGGAAUGCUGGUUUGAUCGUCACCUGGGUCAGUGAUCCCAUGCAUGGAAACACAAUCAAGGCACCCUGUGGGCUAAAAACUCGAGCUUUCGAUGCUAUCAGGGCCGAGUUGAGGGCGUUCUUCGACGUACAUGACCAGGAAGGCAGCUACCCAGGUGGAGUCCACCUGGAGAUGACAGGGCAGAACGUGACGGAGUGCGUUGGAGGGUCGAAGACCAUCACAUUCGAUGACCUGAACUCGCGUUAUCAUACUCACUGUGACCCCAGGCUCAACGCAUCACAGUCACUAGAGCUGGCAUUUGCCAUAGCAGAGAGGUUGAGGAAGAAGAGGUUGAGAUCUGGGAAAAGCAUCACAGGCGGAAGCAAUGGUGUAACCAUAUAAGGAUGGUGCUGAUGCCUAGUUAGCUUCCAGCUAAUAUCAGGUUUCCAGGAUCGGCUUGUUGAAGUUUCUAUGCAUCUGUAUGUGUCGAAGUAUCUGUUUUGCUUCGUUAUCAGUUUUGCCGUUUCCUCAGUGUUUGUGAAACUAUAUUGAAGAUCCGGUGACGGUGUGAGUGCAAUGGUUUAAGAGAAGUGUAGCUAUGGUUCUGUACUUCUGUACCUGUUUUUGAUUUGUUUUGUUCUUUUAAUUAAGUUCUGAUUGACCGACUGAAAAAGCAAAGUACUUCCACUUUCAAUAACCAAAAUGAAGUAAAUUUCACAUA